GUUGCCCGUGGCCUUUGCCAUGGAUGCUGUAACCCUGGACCUCCUGACACCCGCCAAGCAAUUUGGAGAAGGCUGUGGAUUUGACAGCUGUAAACCAGUGACGCAGGCUACUCUAAACGUCCACAUAGUUCCGCACACGCAUGGCGAACUCGGCUUCACGGGAGACUUCUACACCCACUACACUGGAGACUAUGGUGGAGACGAUAAAAAUAACGCCAACAUGAAAAGAAUCCUAGAUUACACCAUCACGGAGUUGUGGGCAGAUAGCGAGAGAAAAUUCACAUUUUCGGAUAUGGCGUAUUUUUUCUACUGGUGGAAACAACGAGACGGCACAGUCCAUCGCAUGGUGUAUGAGCUGAUCCGCCAGGGUCGGCUGCAAUUCGUCGGCGGAGGGUUCAGCAUGAGCGAUGAGGCCACUACCAGCUAUCACUCCGUUAUAGACAUGUUCACAUACUCCCUGGGAAAACUCAACUCCUCAUUUUUGGAGUGCGGCCGACCAAUUGUCACUUGGCAGUCGGACGUCUUUGGACACUCCAGGGAGUUCGCAUCUUUAAUGAGUCAGAUGGGGUUCGCCGCUCACUUCAUCAACCCCAUCAGCUAUGAUGAUGAAGUCAGCCGGAUGAUUUCUAAGUCUUUGGAGUUCGUGUGGAGGGGGAGCGAUGAUUUGGGCGCGUCCACAGAUAUCUUCACUCACAAAUUAUUUGAUGGCUACUGGUCACCCCCAGGGUUCUGUUUUGGGACCUUUUGCGACGACCCGCUCAUGGUCGACUCCGAUACUAUGUUUAAGAACAUUGAUUCUAGGGUUCAAGCGUUCAUAGAGUCGGUUCUACACCGCCAAGGGCCGUAUUACGACACGAAAAACAUCAUGGUCAUAAUGGGAACAAGAUUCGGGUACUUUGACGCUGAUGUUUGGUUCGCGAACAUAGAUAAACUGAUCCAUUAUGUGAACACCAAGAGUGCAGAAAAUGGAUUUCCAGUGAAAUUGUUAUAUUCCUCGCCAGCUUGUUACCUGAAAGCGGUGAGAGAAUCUAACCCAGAACUAGCUGUAAAACAGGACGACUUUCUGCCGUUCGCGUACGACCAAAAAUCAAUGGCUGUCGGCUUCUACACGGCCAGACCCACUCUGAAAUACCUCAUUAGACAAGGUCACGUUUUCUUACAGAUAGCAAAACAGAUGCAAGUCACGGCAAGGAUACUGGUGAAACACGAUUCAAACAUUGAGAAAUUCAAAUGGAUCAACAGUAUAAUGCAAGACCACAACAUAAUAUCCGGUAUAAUGACAGAAGCUAGCCGUCAUUACUACGUACACAAAAUGCAUAUGGCCCUCCAGGGCUCCACGCGAUUGGUCAUCGACGCCCUAAAUAAACUAAGAAAAAGUCCAACAGACACAAUGUAUCAUAGAUGUGCAUUUAACAUAUCUGCAUGUCAGAGAGAUGACGCCCAGCAGUACUAUAUCGUAAUUUACAACCCUUUGGGAUGGGGAGUAACUGUCAAAGUGAGAUUGCCUGUUCCCAACGAGGAGUUUUAUGUAUUCCAUCAUUCAGGUAAACGGGUGAAAGCAUCAAUAAUGAGGAUACCGGAGCCAGUAUUCAGGAUUAACAGGAAACGCACGAAAGUUCAACACGAGUUGGUCUUCAUAGCUGAGGAUAUACCAGCAUUGGGCUACCGUUCUUACUUCAUAAGGCUGAAAUCAUACGGCUGGAAACGGGACAGGAGAUCAAUAGUGAAAAAAGUUAAUAAAAUACGCAAAACGAGAAAGUAUCUAGUCAGGCAAGCGUACCAAACAAGCUCUACUGACGAAAGUCGCGAGGUGCCUUUCGAUUAUGACUAUUUUGAAGGGCCAACUACUCCUAAAACAAAAAUACUAUUCGGCAGCAUUGAAAGUGAUAAUGACAAACGUUCUGAUCGCACGAGCGAUGACGUCAUCACUCCAAGACCGAGAUAUCGUGGAGACGAUGAUGAGAAUGCAAAUAAGGAUGACGAUAAGUCCGAUUCUAAUGAUGUUCCUUUAAGAAAAAUUGGUGACAUGACGGUAGGUGAUGAUGAACUAGUAACAAGAAAGGUAAAAAUGUCAACGGAUAGGUUUCAAAGCAAUUUCAAUGAAAAUGAAGUAACAACGUCUGAAAACAUGACGAAUGUUACAGUUUUCGACGUCAGUGGAGAAAAAAUUAGUACCGCUGUUAACAAUGAUAAUGUAACCAGAGAUGGUUCUAAUAACAAUUUCACCAUCGAUAAAAACGAUGACAUUUCAGUAGAAAAUCAAGAUUUAAAUAAUAAUGUUUUGCUUGUCAAUACGGAUAUAGACGAUGUACAAGAAAUGAGGAAAAUCUAUGAAAAUAAUUUGGGUAGUGAUACUGAAAUUCAAGGUAUUGUUGAGAACGAAGUUACAAAUGAAGCAACAAAUGCGGAAUCAACAACAACAAGUGUAUUCAGCGAAGAAGAGACGAGACCAGUUUUAAGUAUAAAUGACUUCCAAAAUGACACUGAAUAUGUAACGUUAAAUGAAGUUGACGUUAAUAAAACAGCGAAAGUUGAGACUUUGGACACAACGAUUAAAUCGACCAUUGAAGAGACUUCAACCUGGGUUCCUGUGAAAAUAAAAAAUGAGAUAGAUGAAGCGCUGGAGACGAGCGGAGAAGAUAUUCGCCACAAAAUUGAAGAAACAAGAAAGAAUUUCAAGGGGAACGAUCUAGAAUUUAUCAAAAUGAUUAAUGAAUCUUUAAAAAAUUUGGACGCAACUACAGAAUCUAACACUAGCGACAUUGAGGCUAUACCUAAAGCAUAUGUAGAAGUAACAACUUUAACUAGUAACACUGAAACCACGUCUAAAGCUAUUGAAAGCACAACUUUAAAAAUACCUUUAGAAGAAAGUGGAUUAAAAGAUUCAGAUUUCAGUGAUAAACCUGGUUCAGAUAUUGAAGGAAAAGUUACAGUGAAUCAAAGUAGAAAGUUUAUUCCAAUAUUUGGAAGCGAUGAUGAGCAAAUGCGGAAUCAAAUGUUUGGUAAUGAUCACAAAAAUAUAAUCAAUAAAGAAGAAAUAUACCCAAAAGAAGAAUUAAUAGGUAGUGAAAAUGAAACAUUGAAAGAUACAAGGUUCGGCACAGAUGAUGAUUUGUUUAAACAUGAAAAAGUCAAUCAAGACGAAAAGUUUUUAGCAGAAAAAUUGAGGGAUCAGAAUGUUGAGAAUGUUGGCAAAUCUGACGCAGAUUCUCCGCCAGAAAUCACGGAACGGGAGCGAUAUAUUGAUAGUAUUUGGAAUGGUUACAAUUAUUUUACGCCGAACGAAACUUUUAUUAGGAACAGAUACAUCAAAAUAAGCAUGGACCACAAUCGCAAACUGACCAACUUAACGCUUUCAAAUGGCGUUAACAUAAGUUUCAACGCGGAAAUGUAUUUCUACGCUUCAGACGACCCCAAGAAGUUGGACAGAAAUGAGAGGCCGCCUGGUACAGCCAUGUUUAGGGCCAUGGACCCAAGGGCAGAACCGAUAAACGACGCAUUCAAAGUGUACGUGUAUAAAAAUAGGAUGGUCCAAGAGUUACAUUAUGAAUUCUCCAAUUACGCCUCGUUUGCCAUCAGGCUUUACAGGAGAGAUCCAGUUAUAGAAUUGGAGUGGUUGGUUGGACCUGUGCCUGUUGCUGAUGACAUUGGCAAAGAAAUUUUCAUCAGAUACACCACUGACUUGGUGAAUGACGGUGUUUUUUACACGGACUCCAACGGCCGGCAGACUGUCAAAAGAAUAAGAAAUAGACGACCCACGUACGAGCCAAUGAACCCAGAUUAUUUGGCGGGUAACAUAUACCCGGUAACCUCAAAAAUAUACAUAGAAGACGCAAUGAGGAAUAUAAGAUUCGCGGUUUUGAACGACCGCGCCCAGGGAGGCACUUCACUGGCUGACGGUGAAAUAGAUUUAUUUUUACACAGAAGAAUAUUAACUGACGACACACAUCGUGACAUUUUAACGUUAAACGAAACGGAAUACGGGGAGGGGAUCAGAGUUAGAGGGAAACACUAUAUUUACCUCACGAAUGCCGAUUACAAACCUAACAGAAUAUUCGAGAAGAAAUUGGCGAAAGAAAUCGAAUUGGCGCCACAGAUUUUCGUGACGCGCGCCGGUCCGUACGGCGCACACUCGAAAAACAUUUGGAAAUACCACAAAAACGAGUUUAGCGCGCUCAAAACUAAACUACCUAUUGGUGUUCACAUUUUGACAUUAGAAAAAUGGGGCCCGACUGGCGAGGAUUUAUUAUUACGCCUGGAAAACUAUUUGGAGAAGACCGAUGCGUUGAAAAAGGGUAACAAAAGAGUGUUUUUGCAAGAUAUGUUCGUAAAUUUGAAGCUAAACAGCGUGGCCGAGUUGACUUUGGGCGGGAAUAUGUGGUUGAAUUCAACUGAAAAGUUUCUUUGGAAUAAAAGAAACAAGUUCGUGAAGAAUUCCAAUAGAGCGUAUGGAAAUAACCCUGAAAUAGAUUAUGAUAAUGACGAUUUUAAUAUACCCAAUGUGGAGCUAGAUUUGAACUCGGGAAUUGUUUUGGUGCCUCAACAGAUAAGAACAUUUUACGUUAAAUACACUUACGUUGAGACGUAGGUGAAGUAAUGGCAACUCAGACUGAGCCAACUAUAUAAUAACUAGCUGUGCCCGCGACUUCGUCCGCGUCGAAUAGUUAUUUUGGGCAUUAUUGAAGCCCUCAAGGAUGAAUAAUUUUCCCCGUUUUUUUCCACAUUUUUCAUUAUUUCUUUGCUCUUUGCGGCGUGAUUUUAUAUAGCCUAAAGCCUUCUUCGAUAAAUGGUCUAUUCAACGCAAAAAUAAUUUUUCAAUUCAAACCAGUAGUUCCUGAGAUAAGCAAGUUCAAACCAACAAACUCUUCAGCUUUAUAAUAUUAGUAUAGAUAUCUGUGGACUGAGCUAGCUUGAAUCAGAGGGUAAAGCGAUAAGCAAAUAACGAUACCGUUUCCGAAAGUUGUUUGUUCGUACUUCCUUGGAACUGAAUGAAAUAGGAUUUUAUUUUUAAAAACGAAACAACGUAAAUAAAAUUUGUAUUCAUUUAGUUACCUAUGGACAUAACGAUUAUAAAUAUCGAGAAACUAAAAUGAAAAACAUGUAUUGGA